AUGUCUAUUAUGGCAGAUUGUUUUAUUACUACACAAAUUCAAAAAGAGUUAACUACUGCUUAUGGUCAAGGUUAUGUUUCAUAUCGUAUAAUUCCUCGAUGGAUUUACCGAUUUUCAAAUGAACAAGAAUCUUUAAAACAUAAUCCUCAAAGUGGUCGUUCAAUAACCGUCAUCACUCAACAAAAUAUUGAUGCUGUUAAAGUUCUAGUGAAUGAUGAUCCACAUAUUAAUAUUGAUUCUAUUGCUACUACCUCAGAUAUGGUCUAUCAUAUGUGUUCUUGCGAUGAAUGUUUAAAAAGAUUAGUCAAAAAUUUACCCAAGAAAAGAUCAUCAUAG